AUGGCGAACUCUAGCACCCCGAGAGAAGCAGUGGAGGAAAUGAUAGAACUGCUCCUGGGAAGUGGAGGGCAAUUAGAACUCGGGGGUCUAGUACUGCAACUCAGUUCACACAGCCGUCGUUUGGUGUCAGAUUUCGGAGCACUGGAAUUCGUGAAACGCUUUCCGCAGCUGUUUAGUCAGGCUAAGAUAGGGAAGUCCAAAUCGAAAGUGAUGGUUAAGUUAGAUAUCCCACUAGAGUUUUGUACUCAAGCUGGAGAGAAGGGCGGAUGUGUUGCAAAAGGGUGUAGUGAUCUUCAUUUAUGUCCUUUCUUUAUCAAGGGAACCUGCAAAUUUGGAUUAAAGUGCAAAAGAUCUCAUAAUUAUGGUGACGAACAUACAGUUGGUGUUCUAAAUCACUUCCGCCUCGGUUUCUUAACUAAGCAUCCUUCAUCUUCCCUUUUACAAAAGAUUUUCAAAAUGAUCGUAGAUGAAAGUGAGCUACAACGAACUGCUGCCAAACGAUUUGUUCCAGACAUUUGUAAAUUCUAUAACAAAGGAACCUGCGAGAAAAGGGACAAUUGUCCCUACUUGCACGUGUGUCAACAUUUUAUUGAUGGAGAUUGUAAGUUUGGCGAAGGCUGUAAAAGGGAGCAUGAUUUCUCUGACCGUCACAACAGAAAAGUGCUUGAAAAAUAUGACAUGGAUGGCAUCAGUGAGCUGAAAGUGCUUCAGCGUUUGAAAGGCAGCGAAAGAAAGCAUACCGUCAGUGGAAGCUCUGAUGUUGAAAACCUCGUUAAAGCAUUUCCCAAAGCAGUAAAUCUCAGUGUCCUGGUUCCCACCACCCAAGUAAGGGAUGAAAAGGAAAAGGACACUGAAAUUUGUGGAUUUAAUCUGCGUGGCAAGUGUAACUAUGGCAACAACUGUAUCCAUCAACACACAGAGCUACCCUACUUGUGGGAAUUUUCUGUACAUGGCGAAAAGUGGGAGAGCUUUUCAAGUGAUCUAAAUACAAUGCUAGAGCAAACCUACUGUGAUGUUAAAAAAGGUAGCUGUACAGUAAUGAUCAGAGGAAUUCUUCAUUGCGUUAAAUUUGAUGGUAUGACUGCUGAACCAGUUUUACCAGAUGAUGGUAAGUAUCUCCUCUUUGAAAGUUACAAAUCAGUGCCGGAUCCAGACCUUGAAAUAAGGGGAGGGGGCCAGUCAUCCAGACCCUUGUAUAAGAGGGGGGACCGGUCUCCAAAAAAUUUUUUUUGGCCCUUUGGGCCUCAGUUUGCUCUAAAAACAAAGGGGGCCCUCCCCUGGAUCCGCCACUGCAAAUCAAGUGUUAUGCCUGAAUCCCAUGGGAGAAUGUACUACCAUUAUAUGGGCUAUAUAGGUGUGUACCAUUGUUAAGGGUGUGGGAUAGGGUAUAGAAAUCAAAGAGUUUGAGCCUAUAAUACUCUAGGAUAUCAAUUUUCUGGGAAGCUGAUGGUUGAAUGGUUGAAGAUUUUUAUCAAGACUAGGAAAACUGGGAAUUGGUACUAAAAAAUAAAAUCAGGAAAUUAAAAUUUAUCCAUGGCUCAGUAAGAUUUUGUUGUAGCUGGACUGUGCUGGUGACCUCAGUGGUUUCUGGAAAAUAGCAACUCUAGGGAUACUUAAACCAUUUGCAUGGAAAAACCAAAAAUUCUGGUUGCUUCAGAAAACAUGGUCUGUGAUUUGCGGCAAUGCAAUUUUUCUUCUCUUUUCAAUCUGUUCAGCUGGAUAGAACUUUGUGGCAGGUUGUUUUCCCACCACAUCAAAUUUUACAAUUUUAUGUUUAUACACAAGAUUUCCACCCGGGUGGUUGGUGUAAAUGGUAAGCACCCUAGGAUAAAGUAGUAGUGGCAGCAGUGGUGGUAGUAGUAGUAGUAGUAGCAGGAGCUGUGGUAGUAAAAGAAGUGGGGAAAUGUAAGGUACAAUAGUGAAAGCUUAGAAGCCCAGACAUGAGUGAAAAGAGGGGUUGACAGAAAAAUAAAUAGUGAAGAUGUAUUCCUUGCUCUUUCAGCCGUGAAUUACAAGUCUCCCAAGGUUCGACGACUGUCUACUGUAUCAUCUGUGGUUGCCGCAGUGGGCCACGUGUACAGCACUAGGUGGCAUUGGUACUGGCAGGAUGAAAAUAACAAGUGGCAGUCGUAUGACACUCCAUCGGAUGGACAUGCAGUUAACACCACCAGCAGUCAAUGUCUUGAGAGAGAAUACACAGCAGGUAGGAAAUCCCCCUUCUCCUUUAUUACAGAUAGCUCUUUCUAAGACCAGUACUAUGCGUCCAGCUUAGAGAGAUGUCCAUCUUAUAGGAAGUGGAAUCCAAAAGGAGUCAAGAAAGGUAGAGACAAGCUCUAAGGAGUUUUUUUUAUUAAAGUGUCUGUCCUCUAGAGGUGUCCUUAGUGAGAGAGUUGACCUAAAUCAAUCUUCUGUAGGGACUUUAGCAGGCCAUGCUGUAGUUAAUGGCCAAAAUAUUAAUUUUACAUGCCAUUAAAACUGCCACUGCAGUGAUAUAGCAAAAACAAAAAUAACUUUCUAAAAUUGUUUUCUUAUAAAAGUUCCACAAUAUUAGUUAUGAAAAUCAAUUUGUCAUAUGUUUCCAUUUUUUCUUCUUUUAAUCUCAUAUUGCAUCUUCUUCAAUACAUUUCUAGGGAAUUAGAAACUCACCUGGUAAUUUUCAGCUUGGAAAUUAAACUCAUUCAGUAAGAUUAUAUGUCUGUCUGUCAUAUACCAAGGGGGUGGUCCUUGAUACCCCCCUCCCCCCCCCCCAUAAAAAAAUGGAUCUACCUUCAUCUUUAACUGGAAGCUAUAGAGACAAUUUCUUUUUUUUUUUUAUCUGUGAUCUUUAUUUCAUUUCCCUUGGAAAUGAAGACAUCUACAAUAACGUACUGAAGUAGAAUAAAAAGAGGUCUAUUCCUAACAGUGAGGAAAUCACGGAGAGUAGUGGUAAUGUGAGACAUGAAGUUUCCUACCAUGGUUGUUUUACUACAAGUAUUUUGGUUUUCCCCUGUUAGAAGGAGGCCUGCUGACUUUGUGACCAAACAAAAUAUGAAAGACAUUGCUCAGAGGUUUGUGAAGCAUUAAUUUACCUUAAUUUGCUCUUCCCAUUUGCCAUAUUAUUGGUCACUUUAAGCCCAUGAGCAAGCUCUCUGGAGCACUCUGGUGGCGGGGCAGGAAAAAGAAGGAGAGCUUGCAACUAGGUCUCUUGAAUUUGAAUAUCUGCAUCAGAAGAGUCGAUGGAAAUGCUGAUUGGCGGAGAUGACAUUAGUAAUAGCGUAGUUACCCUUAGCACGUGUUUUUCAAUGUUUUUACAUUUGCGCUUGUUUCUGCUUCAUGCUGAUUGGCAGAAAUCUUACAGUAGAUGGUGAGCCACAGGGAAAUUGGAGGUGGAAUUCAAAUUCCAGAGACGUAGUUGCAAGCUCUUCUUCCUUUUCCCACCCCACCGCCACAUCAAAGUUUUAAACGUUUCCUAACUGUUAAAACUAUACUUAUUUAGUAAUAAAUUAUUGUUAUAUCAGGCGUAGAGCAACUGCUUUGGCCCAUCCGAAAACAAGUUCAUCAUCAUCCGAGCCGGAUGGUUUGCCAUCUCACUGGGAUCGUAUUUCGGAUGGUGAAGACUUCCAAUGUGUUAAACUGGAAACCAUAUCUGAUGAAUACAAGAGGACAGAAAAGAAAUUUCAGGAAACCAUGGAUGUACAUCACAUGAUUAUCAAGAUAGAGCGAGUGCAAAACCCAGAUUUAUGGAUACGAUACAAUCAGUAUGUUCUUUGUUUCUUUAAUUCCCUUUUAAAAAUCACUAAUGCAGGGCCUUAAUUAACCAGCUGUUAUGAGAAAGGUCUUCAAAGCAGAAGGGAAAAUGUUAUGGCAGGUCUAUUUCAAAUAAAUUAUAUUCAAUUUUAUUAUAUUACUUUUUGGAAGAGCUUCUAAAAGAUGCUACAUGACUGAAAUCAAAAAGAGAUCGAAGCAUACUUGAUUACAAGUGAAAACGCUUCAGUAUCCUCGAUGAGCUUUUCGGCGGCAGGAGCUGGACAAUCUACCAAUGCGUUGAAUUGACAUCAGUGGAAAGAGCUACGUUUUUCGCAAAUUGCCAACUCCAAAACGUUGGAGAAAAAGAGUCUUCCAAACUAGAGGCAGGCUGUUAAUGUGUUGUCCUGAGUUGGCUAUGGUUUUCCAAAUAGUUUUUUUGUAUUCCCAUAUGCUUAUGCACAGCUAUUUGCUUCUCGGGAGACAGGGUCUUCAAAAAAAGCUAAAUGACUUCCAUAAGUCAAGAUUGCUAACAUAAUAUGCUAUCUGAGGAAAUCUUCAUAGAGAGUAAGAUCUGAUACAAAUCCGAAGAAAGUGGCUCAGGCAUGAUGCGGUUGGGUUUUGGGUUGGGGACCAGUUUGCCAAACUUGCAAGUCUCUAGUAGCUUUUAGCGUCUCUUGUUAGUAAAGUGCGCACCGCACACUCCGAGCAGAGCAUACUUUUUCCUUCUUCUUGAUCUACGCCCAAAGCGAGCAAGCGGAAGAAAGGCUCUGCUGAUAGGAUGAUCAACUGCGGUUCUAAAUUGUUUCUUUCUUUUUCACUUUGCAGGGAAAAAAGCCGCAUGGCCAAAAAGGCUGGCGGCGAUCCCGAAGAACGGCAGCUGUUUCAUGGAACUAAAUCCGAGACUGCUGACGCCAUCUGCCAGCAGGGCUUUGACUGGCGAUUGUGUGGCAAGCACGGCACAUCGUAUGGGAAGGGAAGUUAUUUCGCUUCUAAGGCCAACUACUCACACCGCUUCACUGCUAGUCAGUUAAGGGGUAAAAAACAAAUGUUUUUGGCUAGAGUAUUGGUAGGUUCUUACACCACUGGCAAUAGUUCACUGACUCGGCCACCACCCAAGAACCCCUUAAGCCCUAACGUUCUGUUUGACUCGUGCUGUGAUAAUAUGACCAACCCUGCCUUGUUUGUCGUCUUUGAAAACAGUCAGUCUUACCCAGAAUUUUUGAUCACUUACAUGUAA